GGGAAAUGAAAGAUGAGUUUGCUGUUGCUUUGGCAACAAAUUUCAACCUCUACCUAAUUUUCCAGAAUGAGAACAUAUCUAUUAAUACAUUCGAUAGACUGGGGACUGGGGAGUUGAGUCGCUCAACGUAAUUUUUCUUCCAAGUUCAAAACAGCUCACCCAGUUCGGUUAGCCUUUGGAGGUGCUGCGGUUAGAGGCUAGCAAAGCCGAGGGCAGCUGUUACCGGAACCUGUUGGCAGAGAAGUUUAAAGUGUACCCGCAACAGGUGGCAGCUGCUGCUGAGUGCGCUUCUGAGAAAGGAAUGGCGACUGCAUGCAGAAAACUCCUGCAAAGCAGGCAAGUGGAAACUCUUCUCCUUUUUCUGUGCUUAUCUGUGGGGGGUGCAGCAACCAUUCGCUAUUCGGUGGCAGAGGAGAUGGAGAGCGGUUCAUUUGUAGCUAAUGUGGCUAAGGACCUGGGGCUGGAGGUAGGGAAGCUGGCUGUGCGCGGGGCACGGCUCGUUUCCGAGGGCAAUAAACUGCAUUUCCGGCUCCACCGCAAAACAGGGGAUCUGUUCGUGAAGGAGAAACUGGAUCGGGAGUCACUCUGUGGCAAAGCCGACCCAUGCGUUCUGCACUUUGAAGUAGUCCUGGUGGAGCCACUGCAGUCCUUUCGCGUGGAGGUCAGGGUAUUUGAUAUCAAUGACAAUGCCCCGGUUUUCCUAAACAAGGAGCCUCUUUUAAGGAUUCCGGAGAGCACCCCCCUGGGUUCACGGUUUCCUCUGCAGAGCGCCCAGGAUCUGGACGUCGGCCUCAACGGUCUCCAAAACUACACCCUAAGCGCCAAUGCGUAUUUCCACCUGCACACCCGCUUCCGCAGCAACGGGCCCAAAUAUGCCGAACUAGUGCUGGAUAAAUCCCUGGAUAGAGAGGAGCAGCCGGAAGUCAACAUGACAAUCACAGCUGUGGACGGAGGGUCUCCACCCAAGUCUGGCACCGCCCACAUCCGGGUGGAGGUUCUGGAUGUCAAUGAUCACGUGCCCCAAUUCUCUCGACUGGUGUACCGCGCUCAGGUACCGGAAAAUAGCGCCAACGGUUCCCUGGUGGCUACGGUGACUGCUACAGACCUGGACGAGGGCUCCAACAAAGAGAUAACUUACUCUUUAGCUCAAAACCCAGAAGUAAUUCUCCAGACAUUUCAGAUUCACUCUGAAACUGGAGAGGUUCGACUAAGAGGGCCCCUAGAUUUUGAAGCGAUUGAAACAUACGACAUUGACAUUCAAGCUACCGAUGGAGGAGGCCUCUCUGCCCACAGCAAAGUCCUGGUGGAAGUGGUGGAUGUUAAUGACAAUCCUCCUGAAGUUACAGUCUCCUCUGUAUCCAGCCCUCUCCCUGAGGACUCUCCACUACAGACUGUCGUGGCCCUUUUCUCUAUCCGAGACCGGGACAUUCGAGUGGGAGGAAAAAUCACCUGCUUCGUCAAAGAAGACUUUCCCUUUGCAGUCAAACCUACAUUCCGGAACUCCUACUCACUGGUCACUGACAGAGGCUUGGAUCGGGAGGCGGUCUCUGGCUAUAAUAUCACCCUUGUUGCCAUAGAUACUGGACCACCCACUCUGUCCUCGGAGACUGUGAUAGAGGUGCUAAUAUCAGACAUUAAUGACAACCCCCCAGUAUUUCAAGAAGAUUCCUACAUCUUGACUGUUAGAGAAAACAACAGCCCUGCAGUUUUUAUUGGCAAAGUCCUUGCUGAGGAUCUAGAUUUGGGUGAGAAUGCCAAAGUAACGUAUUCCCUGUUGCCUCCAAAAAGUGGAGAUCUAUCAGUCUUUGCUUACAUCUCCAUAAAUUCAGACAAUGGGAAACUCUAUGCACUGAGAACGAUGGAUUAUGAGGCCAUUCAACAUUUUCAGUUUGUGGUAAAGGCAACUGAUGGGGGCUUCCUGUCACUGAGUAGCCAGGUUACUGUCAGAGUGGUUGUCCUGGAUGACAAUGAUAACCGUCCAAUGAUCCUGUACCCAUUGCAAAAUGGCACUUUGCCCUGCAAUGACCUGGUGCCCAGGUCGGCAGAGGCAGGCUACCUGGUGACCAAGGUGGUGGCAGUGGAUGGUGACUCGGGUCAGAAUUCUUGGCUUUCAUAUCAUCUAUUUAAAGCCACUGACCUUGGGUUAUUCUCUGUUCAGCAACAAAAUGGGGAAAUCCGUACAUUGCGGCAGGUAUCUGAGAGAGAUCCCAUGAUGCAGAAACUGGUCAUCCUUGUUCAGGAUCAUGGCCAACCAGCUCUUUCUACGACCGCCUCACUUAACAUUCUCCUGGUAGAUGGCUUUUCUGAGCCCUAUCUGCAGUUUCGGGAUACAUUUAAGCAUCCUACAACGGUAAAUCCAUCCACUAAAUAUUUAGUCAUUUCUCUGGCUGUGCUUUCCUUUCUCUUUCUCCUCUCUGUCACAGUGAUCUUCAUUAUACAUAUCUGCCAGAAGAUUAAACACAGAGAAAAGUUCACAAUUCAAGAGCAUUUCUAUGAUGACUGCAAUUUCUCUAACAACCUGGUACAAGGAGGAGCCAGUGGACCAGUAUUGCAGCCUUGUCCCUAUGAGAUGUGCUCAGCCACUGGCACUAGCAAUAGUGAGUUCCGGUUUCUUAAGCGCUUUAUGCCCAACUUCCCUUUCCCCCACGGAAAUGGAGAGGCAAAAACAGAGGCCAGUUCCAGAUUACCACCAGAUUCUGAUAGGAACAGGCCUAGGGGGUCAGAGGGCCAUGCCCAAGUAUCUGAUGACUAUAUGUAACCAUUACCCAUGUCUCCUGUGGAAGUUCACUAGUUCUGGCUCUGGAAACACUUAGUUCCAUAGAGAUACUGUGUUAUUUUGCCUUUAAGUUAUUUUCUAUUAGAAAGUUACACAUGCUUAGGGGAAGAGAACUAGCUUCUAGUUUUGAUGUAUCAGAAAGCAGUCAGGUUGAGAAGUAGAAAUAUAGUUUAUCAUUAUUCAGAAAUUUCUAGAUUUUUGUCCCUUGAUGAGUAGAGAUCAUUUCUGAAUCAAUGUCUUAUACCACCAUUCACAAUCAUGCAAAUGUCUGGUGAAUGGUGGUCCUCAAUAGAUAACUAGAUGGGAGGAAGGAUAAAGAAGAAGAAAAAGGAUUUGCCUUAUUUGCAAAUAUAAAGACAGAUAUAAGGCUAAAGAGAUUCAGUUCAGGAAUGUUUGCUAAAAUUAAGUUAGAUUUCUUAAUGGUUGUUGGGGAGCCUUAGGCAAGUCUUACGUCUCUUUAUGAAUGUCGAGAAUGAAAAGUGGAUGAGAAAAAAAACAGACUACAAGUAGAUCUACAGAAGAUAUUAAAGGAAAAAGAAUUCAUUAAUACCAAUUAAGUGGCCUUAAAAAAAGAAAGAUUUUCACCUAUUUUCAGAGUUGAUCUUAAGCCAUUUUUCCCUCUGAGCAUGCUGAUGUGAUGACAUACAUGGAGACUAAGAAAAAGGUAGUUCCUAGAAUAUCAUUCAUAAAAUGGAGUAGGGAAUCAAAUUCAAUCUAUAAGCUAUUUUAAGUUCUCUCAUUCUAAACUUAAAAAACUGAAAUUGAAAUAUUAACAUUUCAAGGAUACAAUUACCAAUUGUGCCUUAACUGUUUAAGAGUUUGCUUUAAUGAGUCUUUAGUUAUGUACCUUAUUUUACAUAAUGUGUAAACGCAGACCCACAAAGGGUAUGUUACACACACACAAGCACAAUAUUUGUACCUGGUAUUCCAAGGGUAGAGCAAUACCUCUAGUUUGGGCAAAUAGCUUCAAUUACCUAUUUAACUUUGAAAUGCGUAUAAAUCUACAUUUCUACUGGAAAUUUCGAGUUACAACAAAAGUUUUUUAAAAGGAUUUAAAUUCCUUAUGAGAUAAUUUUAGACUCAUAAAACUGCAAGAAUAGUAUAGAGUUAUCAUAUACUCUUCACCUGGCUUCCCAUAUAACCAUAGCACAGUCAACAAAAUUAAGAAAUUAACAUUGGUACAAUUCUAUAAACUAAACUACAAAUGUUAUUCAGAUUUUACCCUACUGUCCUUUUUCUUUUAAAGGAUCCAAUAUAGGAUCUCACAAUGAAUUUAGUUUCUACCAUUCACCAUCGUCCCUUAACCUUUUGUCUUUCAUGACCUUGAGACUUUUGAAGAGUAAUGGUCAGUUAUUGUAAAAUGUCUCUCGAUUUCUUCCAGUUACAUUGAGGUAUAAUUGACAUAGCACUGUUUAAGGUAUACAGCAUAUGAUUACCACAACAAGCUUAUUGUUAACAAGUAUGUCCCUCAACUUGACAUUGUCUUUGUUUUCUCAUAAUUAGAUUGUUCUGCAUUACUGGGAAGAAUAUUACAGAAAUGAUACUGUGACCUUCUCAAUCCAUCAUAUCAGGGGGUACAUGAUGUCAAAAUGUCUUAUCUGGUAAUGUUAAUAUUUUUUUUUACUGUGGUAGAAUAUUGACCAUUUUUAAGUAUAUAGUUCAGUAGUGUUAAAGUGAUAUCAAUCUUGAGCACUUGGUUAAGAUAAUAUCUGUCAAGUUUAUUUACUAUAAUGUUACUAUUUUUCCUCUUGUAAUUAAUAUGGGGAGAGAUACUUAGAAACUACAAUGCAAAUAUAAUGUUUCUGCUUUAACUUUUGCCCACUAAUUUUAGUAUCCAUUACUGGCUGUUUCCUGUGGCAAUUAAUAACUGUGGCAGUGAAUGGUGAAUUUCUGAUUCCUUUUACACUA